GGUGUCCAUAACCACCUAUAAAAAAACCCCUCAAUUAGUUCCAGAGCAGUAACAAGAAAAAAAAGUUAAAGAUAGAACUUAGAAGUUUGGUUGAGUUGUGUAGAAAAAACAGAGUCUGGUUGAGUAGAUAUAUAUAGAAUAUAACUGCUGUUGAAUCUCUAUUUGUGUGCGAAAAAUGUUUGAGGAUUGAGUGAUAAAAUGAACGAGACGAUGGCUAACAAUGAAACCGGGAGGUACGAAUGGUGGAACUCUUCGGCUUCGUUUCUGUACGGUGGUCUUGCACCGAUUUUUGGAGUGAUUGGUUUGGCGUUGUUGGUGGUGGUGUGUUCGCGGUGUCGAAGGUCUGAUUCUGAAAGAGAGGCUGAGAUGAACCUGAGAAGAGGAGUAACAGCAACAGUAGCAGUGGCAGAAAUUGAAGAAGGACCUAACAUUUUGGUAAUCGUAGCUGGAGAAAACCACCCAACGCAUUUGGCCAAGCCUCUCCCUUCCACUCACAACCAGUCCAUCGGAAUCUCACUAGAACUGUGGACGAGAAAGAAGAUGUUUUGUUCUGGGUCUAGCGGUGAAGAAGAAAUGGCGAUAAAGCGACGGUUCUCGUUGACGCCGUUGAUGGUCAAGACCCAUCAAGGUCUCGUCGGAACUAUGGGGAGAAAGAAAAUGCUCUGGGUUUGACAGUGAAGAGGAAAUGGCGGU